GAAGCAAUUGGGUUCCUGUCUGCUGUUGGAGUGUUCAUUAUUCUCAUGUUGCUACUUUUCCUAUACAUUAAUAAGAAGAUGUGUUUUGAAAAUGUUAGUGGUUUUCCAGAUCUUGAUUCAGGAUACACAACAAGAAAGAAUUCGCAAGAUAAACUUUACAACUCUUAUAUGAGUAAAGACCAGCAUGGUUCAUCAUCUGAGAGUGAAGAUGAAGCACUGGGUAAAUAUCAUGAGGCCUUGUCUAGAACCCAGAGUUCCAGGCUGCCAGUGGUGGAUGGCAGACAGCAAAAAAACUAUGUAUGGGAAACCAGACAAAAGUAUAGUCCCCUGUCUGCAGAAUAUGAUGGAUACAGUAGUGAAGCCUCAAUAGAUGAAGCGAACUGCAUUCAGAGGAUGAGAAGAACACCUCCACUGGAUGAACUGCAGCCACCUCCAUACCAGGAUGAUAGUGGUUCUCCUCAUCUUUCGUGUACACCUUCAGAAGUCGGAGAUAGUAAAUGUGAAUUCUCCCAGUGUAGCAACAGUCCAAGAUGUUCAUAUAAGUGCCCAAGUGAGGGAAGCACGGGACACGAAAUAGAAAGCUUUCAUAACAAAGGAUACGAAGAGGAUGUACCAAGUGAUAGCACAGCUGUCCUUAGUCCAGAGGAUAUGUCAGCUCGAGGAUCGUCUUCACAGCUUCCUAAACCUUUUGAUCCUGAGCCAGUAGCUAAAUACGGCACACUGGAUGUGACUUUUGACUAUGACUCACAGGAACAGAAGCUUUUGGUGACAGUGACAGCUGUCACAGACAUUCCCACUUACAGCAGGACAGGUGGAAGCUCGUGGCAAGUACACCUAGUUCUUCUCCCCAUAAAGAAGCAGAGAGCAAAAACCAGCAUCCAGCGGGGACCGUGCCCUGUCUUCACAGAGACAUUCAAAUUCAGUCACGUGGAGUCUGAGAUGAUUGGGAAUUACGCGGUUCGCUUCAGACUCUACAGCGUACGGCGCAUGAAAAAAGAGAGGGUUGUGGGAGAAAAGAUUUUUUACUUAACCAAAUUGAAUCUUCAAGGGAAGAUGUCAGUGCCAGUGAUACUGGAACCUUCUUACAGUCUGUCUGGUUGUGACUCUCAAAUGAGCAUGUCAGAAGUAUCCUGCAGCGAAAGUACCUCCUCUUGUCAGUCUCUGGUACAUGGCUCAGCUCCAGAAAUCCUCCUUGGCCUCCUUUAUAACGCUACAACUGGAAGAUUAUCAGCAGAAGUGAUAAAAGGCAGCCACUUCAAAAACUUGGCAGCGAACAGACCACCCAACGGACUGUUCUGUUGUCUAAAACACUUGAUAGGUGGACAGGUUUAUAUAAUCCGAGAUACGUAUGUUAAGUUAACACUGCUGAACUCGAUGGGGCAAGAGAUGUCCAAAUGCAAAACGUCAAUCCGCCGAGGACAGCCAAAUCCAGUAUACAAAGAAACCUUCGUUUUCCAAGUGGCACUGUUUCAGCUUUCAGAUGUGACACUCAUACUGUCUGUGUAUAAUAAGCGCAGCAUGAAGCGAAAAGAGAUGAUAGGGUGGAUUUCCUUAGGUCUCAACAGCUCAGGAGAAGAUGAACUCAAUCACUGGACUGAAAUGAAAGAAUCUAAAGGACAGCAAGUAUGUAGAUGGCAUACUUUACUAGAAUCGUAA